AUGUGGCGCCUUUCGGAGCGGUUGAUCCAUCUGGGCCAUCUCAAAUUCAGACGGCCCCUGCGCUUCGCGCGCCCCGUGUCGACGAGCCGCCCGCGCGGCGAGGGCCAAAAGGUGUUCCCGCCACCGCCGGAUGUCGCGAAGCGGGCCCACAUCGGACAACUCGACGAAUAUCACCGCCUGUAUCGGGAAUCCAUUGAAGAUCCCGGGAAAUUCUGGCGGAACAUCGCCGAGGAAUUGCAUUUUGAGAAGAGGAGCGACAAGGGCCUCGAGUCGAACAUGGACUACCGGUUCGCGCCCGUCUUCGCCCGGUUCAUGGCCGGCUCGACGACCAACAUCGCGUUCAACUGCCUCGAGCGGAACAUCCAGCGCGGGUUGGGCGAUCGUGUGGCGUACUAUUGGGAGGGGAACGAGCCGGCCGACCGCCAAUCCAUCACCUACGCACAGCUACAUCAACAGGUGAUGAACUUCUCGGCGGUGCUGCGCGGGCACGGCGUCAAGAACGGAGAUGUCGUCGCCAUCUACUUGCCCAUGGUGCUCGAGCUGGCCGUGGCGAUGCUGGCGUGCGCCCGAAUCGGUGCCCUCCACAGCGUCGUGUUUGCCGGCUUCUCCGCCGAGUCGCUCGCCACGCGCAUCGUCGAUGCAAAAUGUGGGGUGAUCGUGACGGCGGACGGGUUCUUCCGCGGCGCCAAGCGCGUCGCGCUGAAGCCGAUCGUCGACGAGGCGCUGCGCAUUGCAAAAGGCGGAGGGCACGACGUGACAUCGGCGAUUGUCGUCCAACAUUUGCGACGCGUCACCCCGCCGGAGGGGCACGACAUCGAGCAGCAGGAGACCCGGUGCGGCGGCGGGCGGCACGAGUUCAUCUACGACGUCGAGAUGGACAAGUACAGGGGCGUCGAGUCGCCGGUGGAGUGGGUCGACGCUGAGCAGCCGCUUUUCGUGCUCUACACCAGCGGUUCGACGGGCAAACCGAAGGGCAUCCUCCACACGACGGCCGGCUACAUGACAUACACGUACGCCACGGCCAAGUACAACUUUGACCUGCACGCCGAUCGACCCGAAGAUGUCUACUGGUGCACAGCGGACUGUGGCUGGAUCACGGGCCACUCGUACCUCGUCUACGGCCCGCUCCUCAACGGCGCCACGUCCGUGUUCUUCGAGGGCAUCCCAUCCCACCCCGAUCCCUCCCGGCUGUGGCGCGUCACCGAGCAGUACGGCGUCACCCGGCUCUACACCUCACCCACCGCCAUCCGCGCACUAAUGACCUCCGGUGAUGAAUGGGUGCGGAAACACGACUGCAAGUCCCUGAAAAUCCUGGGCACCGUCGGCGAGCCGAUCAACCCGGCCGCGUGGCUGUGGAUGCACGACGUCGUCGGCGAGGGGGGCCGCUGCUCGGUCGUCGACACGUACUGGCAGACCGAGACGGGUGGUCACAUGAUUGCCCCGCUGCCGGGCGCCGUGCCCCAGAAGCCCGGCUCGGCGACGUUGCCCUGCUUCGGCGUGCAGCCCGUACUGCUCGACGACGCCGGCAAGGUCGUUGAGGGCGCGGGCGAGGGCAAUCUGUGCUUUGGGCGUGCGUGGCCGGGGAUGCUGCGCGGCGUCUACGGGGACAAGGAAAGAUUCCUGAGCACCUACAUGAAGCCCUUCCCUGGGUAUUACUUCACUGGCGAUGGGGCGAGGAGGGAUGAGGAUGGAUAUCUGUGGAUUACGGGACGCGUGGACGACCUGAUGAACGUGGGCGGGCAUCUGCUGAGCACCGCCGAGAUUGAGGGCGCCCUCACGCAACACCAAAAGGUGGCCGAGGCAGCCGUGGUGGCGGCCCCCGACCCGGUGAAGGGCAGUCAGCCGUACGCCUUCGUGACGCUGAAGGCCGACCACGAGAUGGACGACCGACUGCUCGGCGAACUGCGCCAACUUGUGCGCGACAAGAUCGGCGCGAUUGCCCAGCCGGGCACCAUCCAGCUGGCCCCCGGCCUGCCGAAGACGCGCAGCGGAAAAGUGACGCGGCGGAUUCUGCGGAAAAUCGCCGAGGGGGCAGAUGGGGGAUUCGGGGACACGACGACCCUCGUGGAUGAGACCGUCAUUCAGCAGCUGAUCGACGGCCGCAGCAAGACGUCG